AUGGAUGAAAAUAAUUCGAUUCCUCUGACUUCGCAAAUGGAUUUUACUGAAGAGGAGGAUGAUGACGAUAUCAUGACGUCUCAGGAACUGUUUCAACGUUUACAGCAAGCAUGGUUAAAUGAAAAAUAUUCUCCGGUGUUGCUUAAACAUGAAAAUCUUCUAGUUCUUGCUACGUUCGAACUACUUGACGAUAUCGAGAAGCGUUUGAAAGCAAGUGAACAUAAGACAACAUCCUUUCGUUGGUUAAUGCAUCGAACGGAAUACAAUCGUCUAUAUUUUAUCUUGUGUUCAUACAUUCGAACACGUUGUUUCAAGAUCGAAGAAUAUCCAGCAGCAGCUUUGAAUUCAGAAGAACUUCUAUCGCCAGAAGAAUGUGUUUAUGCACAUACAUAUUUGAACAAUAUGAAACAACAUUUAAAGAAGAGUGUCUUGACAGAAUUGAAAUCUGAACAGCAACAACAGAAUGAUGAUAAUGGAUUAGCGCAACUUUUACCUAAACCCAAUCUGAACGAAUUCGCGUUUUUUCGAGUCGAUCAAUCAGUUAAUGGUGUUAUUCUAUCGAAUGAACAGAAUCACAAUGGCACACCAAAUGAUAUCAUCGAUUUUAGAACAGAUGAUCAAUAUAUCAUGCAAUUUCGACAUAUCCAUAAACUAUUAUGUGAAAAACAAAUUCAUCUUGUCUAA